UUAUAACAGAGUUUAGUGUUUCUCACAGGACGCUGUCACCUAAGAUGAAGACUUGGCAGAUACACACGUUUCUCUGGAUCAUCUUCUGUGCUACAUGCCAGAUAACCUGUACAAACGUGCAAGGAAAUCCAGACUCCAAAAACUGUCGAGCUUUAAAACUGAAAUGUCUCAAUGAUACGCAGAAUAAGAACCACUGCAUCAUGAGUGACAAAAAAUACUCCUCUCCAGAUGGAAAUUGCCAAAAAAUUAAAAUAACAAGAAAAUGGCACCUAUUUAAAGUAACUGCGAAAAAGAAAAUUGAGGAUAUCACAAGUUUGUUCAAGCCAGAUCAGCUGGUAAAGGUGAUAUCAGAUGGCUGUAAUAAUUUAUCAGGGCCCUCCGGACUACCAGGCGUGAUAUUAGAAGGUAACACAUCCCACUGCCUGCGUGAUGUUGAAGCUACCACUUAUCUUCUGCAAAAGAAAGGGAAACAAGCUGUGUGUGUGACAUGCAGCCAUCCAUCUCUGACCAACGAUUCAUCAACGACCAUGACCAUCAGUGCUUCAAAAGCGUCAGAUUUGAUGAAUGGCUUUGAGACCAUAGUGGACGAAAUGGAAAAAAACAAAGAAAUUACUGAAGAGAUUGUCAUGGAAGGCGUCAGAGGUCUCGUGUACAGACCGGACAGGAACACAGAACCCAAAGACGUUAUCAUGUUCUCCUCGUCAGAUCAGGAUGAGAUAAAUGUUACUGACGAUCAAAAUAUCACACCGAUACACUAUUCCUGGUAUGUGAAAAUCUCAGCAAAGGCAUUCAAUAAAUCACGUCUGGAAAACAACGGAAGCGCAUUUGUUGGAGUUCUUCAGUUCAAAAACAUUGACGCCAAUGACAGUGAUUACAAUCUUAUUGUUUUGAAUAAUGAGGUUUAUGGAAUAUCAAUGGGAGCCAACAUCUCAAAUCUUACUGACAAUAUUGAGAUAUUCAUCAGAGCGAGAAAUCUGGUUGGUAAUGUGUCUUGCAAUUCCUGGGAUGGCAGAGGAAACCUGACGUGGACAACGUUCGGCUGUAACACAGAAGUUAACUUGACCAACAUCAAGUGCUCAUGUUCACAUCUGCCAUUCUUCGCUGUGCUGAAGUCUGCCAAUGGAACCCCAUCUGUGACCGAUUCACCAUCUCCCAAAUCGUUUUCACCUAAAAUUUUGACAUCAACUAUGGCUGACACUACAUCUAAAACCAUGACCCCAUCUACAACCAUUAGUACUACAGCAGCUUCAAACAUGAUGGACGACCUUAAGAACACUGCGAAUGAGAUGAAGCAAAAAAAUCAAAGCUUUAAACCCAAUGUUGUGAAUGGCGUUAAUGGUCUCGUGUACAUACAGGACAGCAGCAAAGUACCCAAAGACAUCAUCUUGUUCUCCUCAUCAGAUCAGAAUGAGAUAACUGUUACUGAGCCUCAAAAUAUCGAGCAAAAAAAUUAUUCCUGGUAUGUGAAAAUCUCAGCGGAGGCAUUCAAGAAAUCCCUUCUGGAAAACAACGGAAGCGCAUUUGUUGGAGUUCUUCAGUUCAAAAACUUGGACGUCAAUGACAGUGAUACAAAUCUCACUGUUUUGAAUAAUGAGGUUUAUGGAAUAUCUAUGGGAGCCAACAUCUCAAAUCUUACUAACAAUAUUGAGAUAUUCAUCAGAAUAAAAAACCUGGUUGUUAAUAUGUCUUGCAAUUCAUGGGAUGGAAGAGGAAACCUGACGUGGACUACAUCCGGCUGUGAGACAGAAAUAAUUAACCAGACCAUCAUCAAGUGUUCAUGUUCACAUCUGACGUUCUUCGCUGUGCUGAUGUCGAUUCCCAAUGCAAACAUCACGUCACCACAUGUGGACACAUUGACUUAUAUCUCUUAUAUUGGUUGUGGUUUAUCCAUGUUUUUUCUGGGCAUCGCUCUGUUCAUGCAUUUCUUGUUACGGAAAAACAAAUCGAGCCAGUCCACGAAGAUCCUGAUCAAUAUGUUUGUGGCUUUAUUUAUACUGAAUUUAUCGUUUUUGUCCAACGAGAGCAUCGCCGACACACAAUCCAGCUCAGCAUGUACUGUCAUAGCGUUGAUCAUGCAUUACUCUAUGCUGUCAACAUUCACCUGGUUCUUCCUUCAAGCUCUUCAUAUGUAUUUCUGGCUCAUCCGAAAAAAUAUCACCAUCAAAAACUACAUGAAGAAGAUGAUUGUGUCAGGAUGGGUUUGUUCGUGUCCAGUAGUUGUGAUUAUUGCUGCUCUUGGAGAAUACAAGUUAUUGAUCAUUGAAUCCUCUGCUGAAAAAACAACACGAAUGUGCUGGAUCACAAAUCACAACAUUCACUACAUAGUGAACAUCGGCUACUAUUCCUUGGUCUUCAGUUUCACAGCAGGAGUCUUCGUCAUGAUCGUCGCCAAACUUAUUCAAGCAAGAAACAUGCGUGUGGGUGAUGUCAAGAAAGCAACAUUGAAGACACGUGUGAUGAUGAUCUUGAGUCUGUUUGUUCUCCUGGGCUUGACGUGGGCCGUGGCUUUCUUCAGUUAUGGAGACAUGAUCAUCCCGUCCUACUAUAUCUUCUGUGUGCUGAACUCUUUUCAGGACUCACAUGUGUGCAGACGCUCCAGAAACUCUGUGUGUGGCUCCAGCAGCUUCCCUUCAAAUCAUCUCUUUGGCGACAGGGCAGGACCGGGAAAUGUUUACACGGAUCAGAACCUCAGUCUGAUGUGGCGAGUGUGGAUUCAGAUCAGGAAAUGUGUGUGAAAGUCAUCAUGUCUGAUGCGCAACAGGCAGCGAUGCUCUCGACCCGAAGGCCGGACGCUGUCUGAGCUGUCAGAGACAUGAACAUUCAUGACAAAUGUUUGUUUGUGUGCAGAUGAUUAAUAGUCUGAAUUAUUACAACUGCCAAACCGCAGGCUGCACAUCUCUCUGUUAAGAGCAUGGCAGGUUGGUUGACAAGAAGUUUUUUUUUUAAUACAUUUUCAGUGUAACUUAUUCAGUGAAUAAUUUGGUACAGUAGUUGGCCCUGGGCUUUAUUUACAGAAUCAAUAAGUGUGCUAUUAGUGUACUUCUUUUAAAACCAGUUUACUACUGUUUUACAACUAUGGGUGGUUUUCUGGACAGGGAUUAUUUUAAACCAGGACUAGGUCUCAGAAGGAUAUUUCGGUUGUUUUUAAAGACAUACUGUGCAAAUAAACGUUACUGGUGUGCAUCUUGAGACAAACAAUUGCACUGAUAUAUUUGAAGAUAUGCCAGUGCAACCACAGUUGUUAGUGUUUAAACAAAUUGAAACUCAGCUUUGGUUAACAUAGAAUCUUAUGCAGUAGACAGGUUGAUGUAAGUAGUCGUUACCUAAAACCAUUAGUUCACAUUACUCCAAAACAAUUGUUGACGUAAAAUCAAUUUUCUGCAUUAAAAACACUUAAAGCGUGAACUUUAAAGGGGGGAUUUAAUGCUGUUUCAUGCAUUCUGACUUCUUUACAAUGUGCUGGCUUCUCAUGCUCAGCAUGGUCAACCUAUCAAAAAACGAGUUGGACAUAUUAUGUAGUACAGGGUUCUUCAACUACUUUUCUCUUAGGGCCUGAUUCCAAAAGUAUAAAUAUGAUGCGGGCCAGUU